CCGGGCGCCGGCGCUCUCGCCGUGCCCUUUCCGGCCGCCGCGGCUCGGCGUCGCCACGGGGGACCUUCCGCGCGCCCCGAUGAUGCUGCAGGAGGAAGAUGACUUUGCAUACGUCCUCCUUGCGAUGCCACCGUAGCAAACAAGGGUCUUUUUGUUAUGCAAAUAUUGAUUUGUUUUUAGCUUCUCCGAGACCUCGGAGGGGUAAAUACGGGGCAGCUCCGAGAGCAGCCCGAAGGCUCCGGGCCAGCCGACGCUUUGGGGUUUGCUUCCUGCCCAGGAGCUGAAGCGAAACGCUGCAGUGGUUCUUUUUUAUCUCUUUCCUCGCUGAGGUUGCCCAGGCUUUCGGGAAGAUCAUCCCAGCCGUGUGCAAACGGGGGACCGGAGCGCGGGAAGACGGGGUGCGAGAGCCGGUUGCGCCGCCGGUUGCCCUGCAGCCAGUCCCGGCUCUCGCCUUUUGGCAGUGCCACGCUGUGAUUUUUAUUUUCGUCUUCUUUCUUUUUUUUCCCCCGAGUGUUUGCCCAACUGAUUCUUUUUUUUCUUUCCUGACGGCGGCCGCAGCUCCGGCCCGGGGAGCAGCGCCGUGCACCUCUCGCGUGCCAGGCGCCGUGCACCAGCGCGGUGUGGGGUGCCCGGCCCCACCGCGGCCCCCCCCGGGGCUUUCGGGUUUCCUUUCCGGCCCCGCUGGGCCGCGUUCACGCCGCGCUGCGCCCGCGCGGGCUCAUUUUCGUUUGCACGUCUUUCGGAAAUUUCCCGUCAGCGCCGGGCGAUGGAAACGCGCCCGGCUUAGCGCGGUUUUGCGCGCGGCUUUGCCGUUCCCGCAUUGCAGCGGGGCCCUGCGGGCUCCUGGCACGAGCCCAGCGGCUCUUGGUGGCCAAACACGGCCGCCCAGGGGGGCCGCGGUCCCGCGGGGGCGCGGAGCGAUGGCCGGUGUUUCCGCCGAGCCCGAUCUCCUUCCCGUCGGCUUCUUUGCUCCGCCAGCGCCUGCUAAUUAAGCUACCGUGUUACUUUUCCGUAUUAUUCUUUUUGAUGCCUCGCCGGUUCGGCUCAUCCCUUUCUCAGCCUGCUCCUCCAUCCUGCUCGGGCGCUGAAGUCUGUAACGCUGAAAUUAUAGCAUCACCGUCGUUUCCACGGCAACGCCCAGGGAUAUAUUAAAAAAAGGAGAGGGGAAGAAGGAAAAAAAAAAAAAAAGAAGGAAAAAGAAGGCCCCAAACCCCUCCGAGGAUUACGGCUCCGCUGCGGGAUCAGGCGGGAGGGGAAUCUGGGUCACGGCUGGAGCAGGCUGGUCUUCCCGCGCGUCUCCGCCUGAGCGACGAGCGGCGGCCGCGGGGCGUCUCCUGGCAGGAGCCGGCGAUGCGGGAGGCCGCGUAGCAGGUCUCCGAGCGGAUGCUGACGGCUCGACCCCGCUGGACUCGGCCGCGCUGGGGGGUACCAUGAACUGAGAAAGCGGCGCCCCAGGCCUCCUUUUUUUUUUUUUUUUUUUUUUUUUUUUUCUUUUUUCCCCCUGUUUUUAAUUUAAAAGAAAGGGAGGAAAAAGCAACCUUUAAUGAAAGCAUUGUGAAAGAAAAAACAAAAAACCAAAAAAACACACGGGAUUACUUUCCCCCCUGGCCCGCCGCGCGGCGAGGACUUCCGGCGAAGAUGGGGAGAAAAAAGAUCCAGAUCCAGCGGAUCACGGACGAGCGCAAUCGGCAGGUGACCUUCACCAAGCGGAAAUUCGGGCUGAUGAAGAAGGCCUACGAGCUGAGCGUGCUCUGCGACUGCGAGAUCGCCCUCAUCAUCUUCAACCACUCCAACAAGCUCUUCCAGUACGCCAGCACCGACAUGGACAAGGUGCUGCUCAAGUACACCGAGUACAACGAGCCGCACGAGAGCCGCACCAACGCCGACAUCAUCGAGACGUUAAGAAAGAAAGGUUUUAACGGCUGCGACAGCCCGGAGCCCGACGGCGAGGACUCGAUAGACCAGAGCCCCUUGAUGGAGGAUAAAUACCGCAAAGGCAGCGAGGAUCUGGACAUACUGUUCAAGCGAUACGGUUCCGCAGUGCCGGCGCCCAACUUCGCCAUGCCCGUGACGGUGCCUGUGAGCAACCCGAGCACGCUGCAGUUCAGCAACCCGGGCAGCUCCCUGGUGACGCAGUCGCUGGUGACCUCGUCGCUGACGGACCCCCGGCUCCUCUCGCCGCAGCAGCCGGCGCUGCAGAGGAACACCGUGUCGCCGGGGCUGCCGCAGAGGCCGGCCAGCGCAGGGGCGAUGCUCGGGGGAGACUUGAACAACACGAACGGAGCCUGCCCGAGUCCUGUAGGGAACGGCUACGUGAGCGCCCGGGCUUCGCCGGGGCUCCUUCCCGUGUCCAACGGCAACAGCCUGGGCAAGAUCAUCCCGGCGAAAUCGCCGCCGCCGCCGGCGCCGCCGGCAGCAGCAGCAGCAGCAGCAGCAGCAGCAGCGACGUCGCAGCUGGCCCCGAGCAGCCGCAAGCCGGACUUGCGCGUGAUCACCUCGCAGAGCGGCAAGGGGCUCAUGCACCACUUGACGGAGGACCACUUGGCGCUGCAGAGCACGCAGCGGUUGGGCGUCUCCCAGGCGACUCACUCCUUAACCACGCCGGUUGUUUCUGUGGCUACUCCCAGCCUGCUGACCCAGGGGCUGCCGUUCUCCGCCAUGCCCACAGCGUACAACACAGAUUAUCAGCUGACGAGCGCCGAGUUGUCCUCGCUGCCGGCGUUCAGCUCGCCUGGCGGGUUGUCCCUGGGCAACAUCUCUGCCUGGCAGCAGCAGCAGCAGCAGCAGCAGCAGCAGCAGCAGCAGCAACAGCAGCAGCAACAGCAGCAGCAGCAGCAGCAGCAGCAGCAGCAGCAGCAGCCGCAGCAGCAGCACCUGGUUCCCGUUUCACUAGGCAACUUAAUACAGGGCAGCCACUUGUCCCACGCCACCACGUUGACUGUCAACACCAACCCCAACAUCAGCAUCAAGUCGGAGCCCGUCUCGCCCAGCCGGGACCGAAACACUGCCACGCCGCUGUCCGCCUUCCCCCCGGCGCCCCGGCACGAGCCCCCCGGCCGCUCUCCCGUCGACAGCCUCAGCAGCAACACCAGCUCCUACGAGGGCAGCGAGCGGGACGAUCCCGCCCGCGCCGACUUCGGCCCCUCGCUCGGGCUGCUGCGCCCCACGGCCGAGGCCGAGGGCGAGAGCCCCUCCGUCAAGCGCCUGCGGCUCGACUCCUGGGUAACGUAACGGGCCCCCCCCUCGGCCCGGGGGGCGGCCGCGGGGAGAGCCCGGGGCCGGGGGCGGGCGGGAGGGGAAAGGGGGGGAGCAGCCGUCG